GUCCACUCCCUUGCACUGUGCUCUCACUGCCAGCUGCCAGUGCUAGACACUACUCAUUAUGAAAAAAACGCUCACAAGUCACAACUGACCAAUCCAACAACUAAGCUCCCAGUCCCUAGGAACUUCUCCUGUCUCGGACCUCUCCCCUGCGGAUAUAGGACCACGGUACUGCCAACAGACAGUCGCAACAGAACGACGGAUAUGAACUAGCUAGCCUACUCUUAAACAAUGAGCUGAAGCUGGACAGUCAACACGGAAGAGACCUAGUUCACUCACUCAUCUGCAACCGACGCUGGAAUGACGGAACGUUGUCUAUAUUUUUCACCGCUGUAGGCUAAUGCCUUGCACUUUGAGAUCGGCUACCUGGACUUGAUAAAACAGCGUCUCCCAACGCCGUCCACUGAGGAUGGGGACUUUUAUACGGAAAAUAGGAGCAUUUUGGUGAAUCAUACUCUUCAAUUAUUUGGUUUAUUUUUUUAAACUCUUACUGUGAAUUCUUGAGCGUCUGACUUCGAGGAGGGAAUCCUUGAUCUGUUUUUGCAACCCGCCUUUUGAAUGAUGCAAAUCGACAGCAAAUCUCGCGCUGGUUUUCCGCACGUUCGGGCGACUAGUCGUUAAAUAGCUAUUACUUUUAUUGACAGGUGCAUUGCAUUGGAGAUGCCACAUGUGCAUGGUAUGAAUUUUAUAUGAAACACAUUCCCAUAGAUCGCAUAUAUUAUUAAGUGCACCAAUAUUGACGAUUGCAUGUGUUUUUAUUAGCUUGGAGAGAUAGUUGAAUAUGUAGGCUAUUGUGAGGUGUAAUAAUUUACCUGCCUUCUGAACUGCAAACGAUUUCAAUGUCACUCAGCAUUCUUUAUAGCCAUUAAGCGAGACUGUGAGCACAAUGGAACUCAAAGUAGAAUCCGAAGAAAUGGACUGCAACCAGCCACCCCCAGUUGAGGCUUUUGCGCAAAACUCAACGCUGCACGGAAUUUCGCACAUUUUCACCUAUGAGAGGGUCUGCAUCAAGCGCUGUCUAUGGGUCGUGUUCUUCCUGGGCUCCUUGACUUUCUUACUGUUUGUGUGCGUGGACCGAAUACACUUCUACCUGGAGUACCCACACGUCACCAAACUGGACGAGAUCUCGACCCCGGUGAUGGUGUUCCCCGCUGUCACGUUCUGCAACCUCAACUCGUUCCGCUUCAGUCGCGUGACGCGCAAUGACCUGUACCACGCAGGGGAGCUGCUAGCGCUGCUCAACCAGAGGUAUGAGAUCAGGGACACCCAUUUGGUGGAGGAAAGUGUUCUGGAGACCCUGAAGGUCAAAGCUGACUUCCACAACUUCAAGCCCCGUCCCUUCAACAUGCGUGAGUUCUACGACCGCACAGGACAUGACAUCAAGGAAAUACUGCUGGCGUGUCACUUCCGGGGGGCCGAGUGCAGAGCCGAGGACUUCCAAGUGGUGUUCACUCGCUAUGGGAAGUGUUACACUUUCAACGCAGGAGGCGAGGGCCGCACCCCUCUCAUAACUACCAAGGGAGGGAUGGGGAACGGUCUGGAGCUCAUGCUGGACAUUCAGCAAGAUGAGUACCUCCCUGUGUGGGGAGAGACAGAUGAGACCUCAUUUGAAGCUGGGAUCAAAGUUCAGAUCCACAAUCAGGAGGAGCCACCCUUCAUCGACCAGCUGGGCUUCGGAGUGGCACCUGGGUUCCAGACCUUUGUCUCCUGCCAGGAACAACGGCUGAUAUAUUUGCCCCCACCAUGGGGGGACUGUAAGGUGACAUGGAUGGACUCAGAAUUCUUUGAAACGUACAGCAUCACCGCCUGUCGUAUCGACUGUGAGACGCGCUACCUGGUGGAGAACUGUAACUGCCGCAUGGUGCACAUGCCUGGAGAUGCCCCAUACUGCACCCCUGAGCUGUACAAAGAGUGUGCUGAUCCAGCUCUUGACUUCCUGGUGGAGAAAGACAAUGAUUUUUGUGUGUGUGAGACGCCGUGCAACAUGACCAGAUACAGCAAGGAGCUGUCCUUCGUCAAGAUCCCCAGCAAGGCCUCUGCCAAGUAUCUGGCCAAGAAAUACAACAAGUCAGAGCAGUACAUAGCUGAUAAUAUCCUGGUUCUGGACAUCUUCUUUGAGGCUCUAAACUAUGAGACGAUCGAACAGAAGAAAGCCUAUGAAGUAGCAGGACUUUUAGGUGAUAUUGGUGGUCAGAUGGGUCUUUUCAUUGGAGCCAGUCUCCUAACUAUUCUGGAGCUGUUUGACUACAUCUAUGAGGUGAUAAAGUACAAGCUCUGUCGAUGCUCAGAGAAGAAACACAAGCACAGCAACAACGACCAGGGAGCUGUUCUGAGCCUGGACGAUGUGAAAUGUCACUCUCUCCAUGACAAUACUCAUGCACCACCUCCAUACUCUGCAAAUAUUCUACCUCAUCACACAGGGAGGAGCAACCCAGAGGACGUCACCUGCUGAGCCAAUCAGAACACAAGGAAGUAAGAAAAUUGAGUAUUUCAAUUUGAUUCAAAAGUGGACAGAUGUCAGAGUAUAAAGCUUGAUAAUGGGUAAUAUGUAACAAUUCAAUAGCACUGAAGUCACACGGGUGCAAGAGUAGUGCAAGCCAUGUAUAGCCUGCUGGAUCAUAAUGACUGCAAUGUCAUGAAAGUGGCAAUGUUAAUCCAUGUACAAAGUAAAAUAGUUAUUCUAUUGUCUUAUAAGAAUGUAAUUUUACUUGGGCUACAUUUAGAUAUAGCAAGCAGGACUAAGAGAUUUUGGCUUUGGGUGUGUGAUGGUGGGAAAUGUCCUCGCAGUAUAUUGGCAUGUUUGUCUGUGCUACAAUUUUGGUCUGUUUGUUUGUAUGGUUGUGUUUAUGUGCAUGCCCUUUUUGAGUGUGUGCCUGUUUUGAGUGUAUGUGUGUGUGUGUAAUACUUCAAGAGUACACUUUCUCAAGUUAAUGAAUUGCAGUCCCGAAAUUGGCCCCUUUUGUAAUUUACUGCUUCUGUCCAAUUGGCCAAUUUGACAUAAUUCAAUGAAGUUGAUUUUUCAUCUUGUAUUAUAGAGUGAAAAAAAGUAAUUAUUCAAUUGAAAAGAUUGUUCACCAUUUUCUAAGUAAUAAAACAGAGAAGUCAACAUUUGUAUUUUCUUACGUAAGAAGUGUGAAAGUUUUACAGCCAAAUGAGUAGAUGAGAUAGAACUAGAUGACGAGAGAUGUCGAUCCACUUUUUUGACAAUGGAAAUAUGGCCUGACUCCCAAAAGUUAAACAAUUGGACCACUGUUACUACAAUAUAUUUGGGUAGGAACCAUUGGAGGUAGUUAGGAGCACUUACUGAAACGAUCUCUUAUCACUCAUGCCUCAUUUAGCCAUGCUAGAUGUAUUUAUCAUAGGAAAGGGGGAGUUGUGUGACAGUGUGUAACUGUGUAGUGUUAUUCUCAAGCACAACAGUACCACGAACAUGUAAAUAAAAUACUGCAAGGGAGGACUAUGGAUAAUGUUCUGAUGGUGGUUGCAUAGUCUUGCCUAAUGUUCUUGAUGUAAUUAAUGUAGCCAUGUGUAUGUGAUCUUACUUUUGUUUUUCUAUAAAUACUAUGCCUACCAGUUUACAUGUUUUCAGAUGUUUUAUUUAUCUAAAAAGCAACAAUAAAGUCUAAUGAAAUUUCAA